AUGGACAGUGGCGCGUCAGCACACAUGUGCAAGGAUCGAGAUGCGUUCGAAGAGUACGAAGAAGUGCAUCAUGCGCGAAGCAUUUCAAGCGCAAAGAGCGACGUGAAGCUGAAUGUCAUUGGACAUGGGACAGUGAAGCUGCGCGUCUGGACAGGACAUGCGUGGAUCGACGCUCGCCUUGAGAACACACUUCACGUUCAAGAUUUGUCCAAGAACCUGUUUUCGCUCACGGCUGCGGCAGCGCGCGGCAUGACAGUGGAGAUAACGCGCAACGAGUGCGUGGUCAAGCGUGGCGGCACACCCGUCGCAACAGGAAGGAAGCAGGGGUUCCUCCUGUAUCUCAAUGCUGACUAUGGUACGGAGUGCCACAUGGCCGAAGACGACACAGAGCUAUGGCAUAGAAGACUGGGUCACGUGUCGUAUGGUACGCUGAAUGCCAUGGUCAAGGACGGAAGGAUCAAGGGCGCAACGAUGAAGACGAACGUUGCGUGUGACGUAUGCGCAACGUCAAAGCAAGUGCGCAAGUCAUUCAAGACAAGUGAAGAAGACGCUGAAACCAGGGAGAGUUCACGUUCCGACGUGGUGGUGUGCUCCGACGUUCUCGGUCCUAUCACGCCAGCGUCCAAGUCUGGUUUCAGUUACGCCGUAACCUUCAUCAUGAUGAAGAGCAGAUAUGUAACGGUCUAUCCGUUGCGAAAGAAGAGCGACGUUGCGAGUGCGUUCAAGCGGUUUUACCAAGAUGUCAAGACAGCAUCUGGAACGAAGAUAAAGGUGUUGCGAAGUGACAACGGCGGCGAAUACCGGAACGCAACGAUGAACAGCUUUUGCAAGGCAAAGUUCAUCAAGCAAGAGUUCACGGUUCCGUACAACCCAGAGCAGAACGGGAUGGCGGAGCGGAUGAACCGCACGCUGGUGGAGAUGACGCGCUGUAUGCUAAAGGAAAGCGGUCUCGACAAGUCCUAUUGGUGCGAGGCACUAAUGACAGCGGCAGACAUCAGAAACAUUCUGCCGAACGCGUCGAACAAGAACUCAAGCCCACACGAGAUGGUGUUCAAGAAGGUUCCGCGCAUCGAUCACAUGCGCGUGUUUGGUGCGCAAUGCUAUGCGCAUGUGGCGAAGGAGAAGAGAAAGAAGCUGGACGACCCAGGCGUGCGAUGUUUCUUUCUCGGCUAUGCGAAGGACCAAAAGGCGUAUCGGCUUCUCAACGCGGACGAUGGCUCAAUCGUGAUUUCAAGAAGCGUCACGUUCGCUGAGCAUUCUGUCUCGAAAGCAUCGAAAAGCAGAGACACGCAGGUCUUCGAUGUCAUUGAAGAAGAUGAAAGUGUGGAGGCGUCGCUAACCGAUGAUGAAGACAUACCAGCGCCGGUGACCGAAGAAGAGCUGCGCACCCCACCACUUCGAGCGCAGAACAGCUCUCAUCACGGACCAAGUAAACGCGGCGUGGUUCGCUACGAACAAGAAUUUCCAAGCCAUCGUCGCGGUCGCUUCAAUUUGGACGACUACGAAGGUGACUUCGACUCUUUCUACUGUUUCUCGGCUGAAGAAGAUGGGGAACAAGCGUCCAGCUAUCGAGAAGUGAUGAAGAGCGGCUACAAGGAGCAGUGGCUCCAGGCAAUGAAGAGUGAGAUGAAGUCGCUUGAAGAACACAGCACAUGGAAGCUAAUGGACAUGCCACCGGGCAAGAAGGCCGUUGGCUGCAAGUGGGUCUUCAAGAUUAAACGCGAUCCAAGUGGCGAGAUCAUCAAGUUCAAGGCACGCUUGGUUGCGAAGGGUUCACGCAGCGUCCUGGCAUCGACUAUAACGAGACCUUCGCACCAGUGGCGCGCAAGGAAUCUAAUCAACACAGUGUUGGCGAUCGCUGCAGCCGAAGACCUGGAAGCAGAAAACGUUGAUGUCGACACAGCGUUUCUCUACGGCGAAGUGGAGGAGGAGAUCUACAUGGACCAACCUGACGGUUUUGAAGAUGAAGGAAGCCCGAAUAAGAAGUGUUUGCUGCAGAAGGCGCUAUACGGGACGAAGCAAGCGGCGCGGCAGUGGAACAACAAGUUGAGUCAGCACUUGGUUGAUCAAGGAUUCAAGAGCAGUACAGCGGACCCGUGUGUGUUCGUUCGAGUGACAAGAGAGGAGGAGUACAGCAUCAUCGUGAUCUACGUGGACGACUUGAUGAUUUUCUGCAAGACGAAGGAGCACAUCGCAAGUAUCAAGAACUCAUUGAUGGAAGAUUUCAGCAUUAAAGAUCUUGGAGAUCUCAAGUACUGCCUCGGGAUCGAGAUUCAUCGCAAGCGCGAAGAUGGAACGAUCAAGAUGAACCAGAAGGCGUACAUCAAGCGACUUUCCGGAGAAGUUCGGCGUUGA